GAUGAAGAGGAGGACGAUGAAGAGCGACCAGAGCAUGGAUCCCAGCUGAUCGAUCAGAACUCUCAGGUUCUCUGGACCGGUUCUGCUCUCCGGACCGGAGCUGCAGGUGACCCAGGAUGGAAGCUCCUCCCACAUCACCUCUUCCGUCCACCUGCUGAUGGUCGAGGGUCGCGCCCAUUGAAGGAGUCUCAGGGACCUGGGUCCAAUCUUUCCUCUAACAGAACCUGAACCAAGCCCAGUUGGUGCCAGAGGUUGAUCGCCCCCUCCAGGCCGCCAUGGGAGCUGCAGCAGCUGCCUGAGUCUCACCUGUUGGAUGGCUGCAGGUGAGAACCACUGCAGGGUCUAUGAAGUGGCUCAGUAGCAGAGGAACACCUGGUGGCGCUCCACAGGUGAGCCGGGGUCUGUAGACAGGACCGGAGUGACGAGGAGGCGGAGUCACAUGGGAAGCCCAUGCCAUGGAGGUCAAAGGUCAACUCAUUUUAGCACCUGAGCCCCUCACCUGUCCAAGCAGGAAGCAAAACGAGCGAAUGGCAGAGCUGCAAGAGAGGAGGCGGAGCCUGCAGGUGCUACUGAGCGUCCGAUUGGCCGAGCUGAGGCGGAUCUGCCUCCAGGAGGCGGAGCUGACAGGUGCGGUGCCCAACGACUUCCCCCUGGAGGCAGGCGAGAAGCCGCCUUGCGUCCGCAGACGAGCGGCGCCGACCCACCAGGGGAACAGGAAGUGUCGAGUGGAGCAGGAAGAAGAAGGCCAGCGGCCCAAACCCAGAAAGACGCUUUUCAGCGCCGCGCUGAGGAAACACAGCGACUCUGAGAACGGCACACACACUCACACACACACACACCACGGCAAGAGGACGGUGCACCGAGGGUGCCACACAGACGACACGGUGAGAUCAGAGAGCAGCUCCACGUCAGACUCAGCAGGAAACGACAACGACAACGCUGGGUCUCAGUGUCGCCCCCUGCUGGUUUCUGCUGGAUCUCCUGUGGAUGUUUUCAACCAGAACAAACCCAAGAAGUCGUUGGUGCUCAGCAGGACUGAACACCAUGAGAAUACCAAGCCCCCUCCCCCGCCCCGUUCCCAGGACUCCUCCUCCUCCUCCGACCCGGGGCGGGAGGCGGGCUGUCGGGCGUCGCGCCAGAGCAACGGCUCCGACAGCCUCCUGACCCACAGCACCUCCCCGGAGGACGAAGGCGGGGCGCGGCAGGGGGCGCGGCAGGGGGCGCAGCAGGGGGCGCCCCGGCCUAACGGAGCCACUGUUUCCAGGGGAACCAACGCGGCCGGGUCAUUCUGGAGCUCUGAGACGCUGACGGAGCGGCGCGGCAGAAACCACCCCGCGGCCCGAGGGGGGGGCUACAGCGAGGUUCUGCUGGACUACGUCUGGGAGAAACAGCGGCAGCUGCAGCGCCAGCAGUCGCAGCCCAGCAGGCCGGUCCACGGCGCCGGCUCCGCCCAGCAGCCCGGGGGAGCCCCGCCCAUCUACCGCAGUCACCACGGCGACCAGCGCAGAGUCACCGUCACCCGCACCAAGUCCUGUGGCCCGUUCCUGCCAGUGCAACAGAACCACAGUGACGUAACCAAACAGGCUCCGCCCACCAUCCAGCCAGACCCCCACCCCCACUUGCUGCCCCCCCGCCCGCCGCAGCUGCCCCCCCAGCAGGACUCCCAGCUGGAGGAGGCCACGCGAAGCCUCCACAAGGCCCUGGCCCUGGAGGGUCUGAGGGACUGGUACCUGAGGAACACCUUAGGAUCCAGCCACCAGAACCAGGCCUGCGGAAAGGGCUUGUCAACUGCCAGCACUAAGCCGAGCGGUGGGGUCAAAGGUCAGGCCGGAGGGGUUGGCGCCCAGCAGCAAAGACGCACGGCCCACAAAGUCCUCCAACAGUCGACCUAUCAGAAUCAUCACUAUGUCGCGCCGCAUCACAAGCAGACGCUGCCGCACUCCGCCACGUUCCACAGACAUCCGCUGCACGGGAGGUCUGUGGACAGCUCGCUCUACCAGGACUCCUGCCCGUCCCAGAAACAGGAAGUUCCCCUCAGAGACUUGGCGGUGGACCAGCCGUCUCCUGGGACUCUGGUCUGAUCACCAGCCAAUCAGAGGAAGAGACUUGGACGGAACCCGGUUCUCUGGGCCUUCUCUGACUGGGUGACGAUGACCCUGUUCAGAGACUAGCUGAGCACCCAUACGCCCCAUGCACCUUAAAGACAGCUUCGCCUCGCAAAGACCUUCAUCUCCCCUGAGAGGGUCCACUAAGGAAGACCAUCUCCUCAUCAGAGUGUUCGGUGGUCUCUGGAGGAGUCACGAACCAGAACCAGGACCUGCCUGAACUCAGCAGAGGACCGAUGGUUUACCGCUGUUUGAGGGAACAGCGUUCAACUGGAGUCACUGGUUUGGGUCAAGAAGGAACCCUACACCAAGGGGCAAGAGUGCCUCACUUCUGAAGGUUCCUGGUCCGGAAAGGUUCCCAUUAGCCAGUUCUCGUAUCGCCACAGCAGGACUGUGGAGCGCCAACUGGUCCAAGUUCUGGGUUCCUGGUCCUCAGACUCUGCUCAGACAAUCUGCACCCCCCAAAGACAGAGCCUCACCUGGUCUCUGACAUCACCAGCUGACAUCACCAGCCCUGAUCAGCUCAGGCGUCUACCUAUUAAAGCCUCAGGUGAGUCCAGACCGGAAGCAUCAGGUACCUUUGCAGUUUGGACUCAGAAUCCAUGCACUAUGAAUCCAGCACUGACUUUCAUCCUCAAACCAGCAAGACUGGACCUGCAACAGGACCGGCCCGGCCCGAUUCUGGCCGGCUCAGACACUCGAGAUCCAGAAGUUUUUCAGGGAAACCGGGUCCAGGAGAAUGUUCUGACACAAUCCAGAUCUCCAACAACUUAGGAAUGUCACUAGAACCUGGAGGAAAUUCUGUCCCGGAUCCAGACCUCCAUCUUCAUCUGUACCCGGGUCAGGACCUGAGUUCUGGGUCCGGGUCCUGGGCCCGGUUAACUUCAGGUCGUAAUCAGGAAGCAGGUUUAGUCAGAAGCAAUAAGAGGAGCUUCGGGUUUCACAUUUAAGAACUUCAGAACAAAAAAAUGAUCAGAACGACAAUCAGACAAUGAUGUCACAGCGGUGAUUGAUUUCAUCAUCAAUUGACUGUUUGGUCUCGUUUUCUACAGAUCUGAUGUCAUCUGAUUUUAUACAAACCUUUGUUACUGAAAUGAUGUUUUUAAUGCAGGACAUAACUUUUAUUGAGAAUCAGUGUUCACGCACCUGUCCUCACACACACACACACACACACACCCCUGUCCUCACACACACCCCUGUCCUCACACACACACACCUCUGUCCUCACACACACCCCUGUCCUCACACACACACACACCCCUGUCCUCACACACACACACCUCUGUCCUCACACACACCCCUGUCCUCACACACACACACACACCCCUGUCCUCACACACACACACACACACCUGUCCUCACACAC